CAUAUCCCUCCCUCUGCCUAUCAACUAGGAUUGGAGAAAUAUCUCAGGCAUCUACGUAACACAAACCUAUCACUCGUAACCACCACGAGCACUCCCACGACCCCACGACCCCACGUCAAAAAUGCCGCUGAAGGUCCUCAUCAUUGGCGCAGGUAUCUGCGGGCCGGCCAUGGCAACGCUGCUACGCCGCUCUGACCCGGAGACCAGCAUUACCAUUAUCGAGCGGUACCCAGAACUACGAAAGAACGGACAGCAGAUCGACCUGCGCUCGUGGGGCGUCCCCAUCAUCCAGCGUAUGGGGCUCCUCGACGCCAUCCGCGAGAGGACCGCGGUCGAGAGCGGCGUGGCCUUCGUUAACUCCCAGGGGAAGAUCUGCGGCCUCUUCGGCGUCGACAAGACCGGCACCGGCCAGCAGGGCUUCACCAGCGAGUUCGAGAUCAUGCGCGGCGAUCUCUCGCAAGUGCUCUACGAGGCCAGCCUGCGGGAGCCGAAGGCGCCAGAGAGCGGCGACGGGAAAACACACAACGGCCGGGCGCAGAACGGCAGCGGAGGAGACGGCCCCGGCGUCCGGUACCGGUUCGGCACGUGGGCGACGGCGAUGGCGCAGGACGAGGACGGCGUGGACGUGACGCUGUCGAGCGGCGGCGUGGAACGGUACGACCUCGUGAUCGGGGCGGACGGGCAGGGCUCGCGGACGCGGCGCAUGCUGUUCGGCGAGGAGGCCGGGCAGGCCAUGUUCCACCCGCUGGGCCUGUACGUGGCGUACUUCACGGUGCCGCGGGAGGCGGGCGACGACGACAUCGGGCGGCUAUACCAGCCGGGCGGGGGGCGCAGCGUCAUGUCGCGCACGGGCAAGGGGGUGCGGACGCAGGCGUACUUGAUGAUCCGGACGCGGGACGAGGCGGUGCGGCGCGGCAUCGAGGGCCAGCCGCCGGAGACGCAGAAGGCGACGUUCGCGCGGCUGUUCCGCGGCGCCGGGUGGCAGACGGAGCGCUUCCUCGCGGGCAUGCCGGGCGCGACCGACUUCUACGCGCACCCGGUGGGGCAGGUGAGGGCGCCGGCGGUGGCGCUGGGCCGCGUGGCGCUGCUGGGCGACGCGGCGUGCUGCGCGGCGCCGGUGACGGGCAUGGGCACGACGGUGUCGCUGAUCACGGCGUGGACGCUGGCGGGGGAGCUGGCGCGGCAGCGGGCGGCGGGCAGCGGCGGCGGCGCGGAUGUGCCGCUGGCGCUGCGCGCGUACGACGCGAGCGUGCGGCCGUACGUCGUCGAGGCCCAGCGCCUGAUCCCCGGCGUGCCGCGGCUGCUGACGCUGAAGUCGCGCUGGGCCAUCGCGCUGUUCAACUUCGUCGUCGGCAUCGUCGCCUUCUGUGGCCUGCACAAGCUGUUCGGCCGCUUCGAGGCCGAGGACAAGGGCGGCCUGCGCAUCCCCGAGUACCCCGAGCUGAAGCUCGCCCCGGUCGAGUAGGCGGGGUGUCUAAGGCGGGAGAGGUGGCGGAGGGGGGCGCGGGUGCUGGCGCUUCCGCGUUACGGUUGUGAGGGGUUGUAAGAUUUUUAAGGGCAUAUAUAUAUAUACCUAUACAUGCGUUAGGGGACCCAAGGAUAGGCUUCUCCGCUCUGCUUUACGCUUUGCUUUAUGCUUAUGGUAGCUUUGGGCUUAUCUGACGCGUCUACGCGACGGAUACGGACAAAUUCUGAUAUAACGCGUUCGAAAAGCAGGAAGCGAUUCACACUGUGCAGGAACGCAGGCCAUUCCGGUAAUACCUAACUAGGCAAUAGUGAGUAGUAGGAGAAUCUACUAGAUAACUCCCCUGUGGCAUAGAUGUCUAUCUUGGUAGCGUUUAUUAAAAAAUUAUAAGUAGGUAGGCAAUAUUAAUUACUACCUAUCUUCUAA